AUGAGUGAAUCCGAAAAUACCUGUCUACGCGAGACGAAGAAUAUUGCUACAGUCGUAUCUUGUCUGGUAUCCAUCAUCAAGGGUGGUGGUAUGCCCGGGUGCUAGUUCAUUUGCUGUGCCAUCCGCCGCAAUGCUGUCUUGCGUUCGGUCUUCUCGACACCGCGUCCAGUUGUGGUAGGAGAGCGAGUGCAGUAGAUGCCGCGCAAGUUGACUGUCACAAAAAACUAACUUACACCGUGCCUGUUUGUACCAUGCUGUGGAGCACACGGCGGGCAUGGUUGGUCACGAACUGUCAAUAUUUCGGUUAAAAUUGCUGACACAUUCGACGUCUGAAUCCGAGUUAGGUGUCUAGUGGGCACACAUCUUCAACACUUCAACUGCUUGGUUUUAAAAAAUUCCCGAUGUUGUAAGACUAGCUCACGAUUAUUACGGACUGCUGAAUUAGGUUUCGGCCAGCACUUAGCAUCUGACAUAAUUAUAAUGCGAAUCAGGCAUUCGAGAAUGUUUAUAUUUUGGGCGAAAGCUUAAUGCAGUGCUUGACCGAUCUCGUGAAAUCGUGGCCAAAAUUCCGAAAUGCAAUUUCGACAAGGACGGAUUACUUAGGCGGGGUUGCAAUACUGAUUAUUUUGCCGCAAAAUCCUAUAGUAUCUAGGACUUGCCAGGAUGUCGGCUUUUGAAUGCACUUCUUUUCCAACUCGAGCAGAAAUUACACCCGGUAAAAAUGGCUACUAAAUAGCAUGCACUGUUCAUAUUUAUUUUCGGUAAUCUGAUAAAUUCAGACGUGUAUUAUAGAAAACGCGCACACUUAAUAUGUUUUCUUUUACAGGUUUGGUAAAAAAUCACGUCGUCUUUGCAUUUUUUACCCGAAAAACCCUUAUAUAGGUUUCGAAAAAGUUUCCCAAUUGCCGAAUAAUUUUGAGCCAGAUCAACCGUUGCAUUAACGUUUGGCAAAUUUAAUUCUACUAAGUACAUGCUUCCCCCGUAAGAAUAAUCAUAUGUUUCUCUAUGUUUUCGAAAAGAUACAACGUGGAGUUCAUGAAAUAUUGUAAUGGAUGCGGACUUUGCCGCGCGUUUCAUGAGGAGCAUCGGUAAAACGACGUGUGCAAUGCUGCAUGAAAGGAAUCGCAUAGUCUUAAAAAUUUAAAAUACUAAACUUUUUGAAACCGAAACACAAUCUUCCUCCGAGUAUAAAGUGUAAGAAAAUGUGAUUUUCUACCAAACCUGUAAAAGAAAGCUUAUUUUGUGCCUGUUUUCUGUCAAAAAUAUUUGAAUUUAUUAGACCAGCUAAAAUCAAUGUAAAUAAUACAUGCUGCUUAAGUAGCCACUUAUUGCUGAGUGUGGUUUUGACAGGAAAAUGCGGUCAAAAUCCAACAUCCCAGCAAUUUCGAAAUGCCAUAGAACUAUGUCGCAUGCUAACCAAUAUUACAAUCUUACCUAGGUAAUCCACCAUCUCCAAAAACACACUUCUGAGUUUCGGUCAACAGUUUAUGAGAUCGGUCACGCACUGUACCUUCAGUGCAUUUAAUGCGCCGAUUUUCGCGAAAUUUUUAAAUUAAACCGUUUUUAGUAGUAUAAUUUACGAAUGUUUCACUUCCAGUUACAGUAGACAGAAAAUUGUCCAAAUUUAUGUAAGCGGUUGUGGCAGGCGUACCAACCUGUUUAAAAAAGUUCGAGCACUUGAAGUUUGAGAAGACUCAGUUGGACUUUUGCAGACGGUGUCAAAGUACAUGAUUAGGUAAUCAUACAUCUAAACUACAGUGUUACACCUCUUAAAAUAACAUGGCAGAAGAAUGUGAAAUAAGAGGGAUUUCCGCUGACGGCGAAAACAGUAUGACUUUAACUCAUCAGAACAAAAAUCUAAAUAAUAGAUAGCCAGCUUUUCAUCAUGACAGGAAAUAGAGAGGCAUGAAAAUAUGCAAGAUAUCCGCUAAAUCUGAUGCAGCAUAAGCACAGGUCAAUAUAUUUUGAAGCUUGACGAUGAUUAAGUAGGUAAUUUUGUUUACGAGUUCUUCGUAUUUGGUUGGCACUAUUCUAUGCGUCAUGUUGGACGUAACUGCUUCAAUUAAAAACCAUCGGAGGCUUUGCACGGAGAUCAGCAUUCGGAAACCCCAUGUUUGACAAUUUACAACCGAUAAGAUGCUAUAUAAAAUGAACCAAUGAUAAAUCAGCUUGCUUUACCACUGUACUCGCUGCGAAAACUGGCACUUGAUGUCAUAAAAAUAUGAAGUAAUAAGAGAGUAGAAGUCAGGAUGGACUACAAAUCCACAACCCUCGAUUGAUCAAUGAUCAAGAUGAACUUCCGACCAAAAUAGGGGACAAUGGAUUGGGUAUUUCCAGCUUCCAUGCUGCAUUCCUAUUUUUAUAAUGAAGUCCGUUUAACCCCCGUGAAUGCAUUUCAGCCAAAACAACUAAUUAGUAUUAGUUUUCCUGAGUAUGUACGCGGGAACCUCUUGUCUGACAAUUUACAACCAAAAAUAUGUUAUUUCAAAUGGGACAUUGAUAAAUCAGCUUUCAUUACCACCGUACUGUCUGCGCGAACUGGCGGCUGCUAUCAUUAAUAUCUGAAGUUAUAAUAGGGCAGAAGUCAGGACAGGCACAUAUCCGCAACCCUCAAAUAUCACGACACAGUGACCUGCAAUCAAUGAUCAAUACUUCUGGAUUGGGUAUUUCCAGCUUACAUGCUGCAUUCCGAUUGAUUUAAUGCAGAAUAUUUAGCCCCUGUGAAUGCAUUGCAGCCGAAAAGACUAAUAAGUAAUAGUUCCCUGAAUAUGUACGUGCGGCCAUAUACUGGAGUCCCAAAUCAAAUAGCUGAAGCCGUCUUGGUCGAGAGACCCCUGGGUGAGGUUGUGGUUUCAACUAAGUCACAACGGCAAAAUCUUGAACAUGAAGACACGAUAGAAGUUACAGAGAAAGCAAUGCGACACAACCAUUUAAUUGAAUUAGUAGCGUUAAAUACAGGGCAGAUUGCAGCUUUGCGUUCCGAAUUUUCUGUUUUAAACAAGUGUCGAUUUGGAAACAUCAAGUUAUUGCUCCAUUCCUACAAAAAUGCGAACGACGAUUACACUGCAACUACAACGAAUUAGCGUGUGUAAACAAGGCUACCAGGAUCGCGUUUACCGUGAGACUGUCCCGCCCAAUGCAGACCCACAGGUUGUUUACCUGUUGACGGGACCGUGUAUGCCAAAUGGCAGAAAAUUCAACCUUCCUCAGAAUCCACUGACUACUUUUGAAUAAAAGUUGCAAACAGGGGACCGGAUAGUGCUUUAGACGUUAUCGUUGAUUAUUCCAUCACCCAUCUAGUUGGUAUGUUGUUAAGUAGCAAGCAUGUAGCUGGAAUGAUCACGACAUUGCGGCCGCCGUAAACAUACCUCAAUGUGACCGAUAUAAAGAAGCCAAGCCAGUGGAUGCAUCUUUGAAAACAAGUCUCCUUCCCAGUUACAAUCAUCAAAAUGUCUGGUGAGUUUCCGUUCUCCGUUGAUUGUGUAAACACAGGGAAGCUAUUGUACAUAAUUUGUGAUCUCUCUUGGCGUCCAAUCCCAUAUUAUGCUAUGAAAAAACACUAAAUUAAUUUCCAUUGGAUAAGAUUUACGCAUCUUUCGAAAUUGCAAAUUCCCCGGAGUUUUGAUGUUCACAGAGACUGCGGGUAGAAAGGCCUUUAAUAUAUAUAUAUAUCUUUUAAUGUUACCUGAAGUCCCAUUCGGGCAGGUCAGAAACAUUCUAAUUCGUUCUGUUCUACACGCACCAGAGGCAACAAAUUUGGCAAUUCGAACUGGCGGUACUGGCGAGUGCCGGUGGAAGCUGACAAAUACUCACACUGACCAUGCCUAGUCGUAGAUACAACACACUUUAAGUCUUGACGAUAACAUAUUUGUUAUAAGUGAAGAAGAAAAGUCGAGCACCGGAACACUUUGUUUAUUGUCCUGAGCUUUCAGACUCGUACAGGAGUCCAUCGUCAGAGGUAGUAGCAGCAACAGAAAAAACGGCAGUUUUAAGGCAUGUUGGCCAAUCAUCGACCGACGGCGCAAGACUGGACGUGACUACACUGAGCUCUGUACGUCCCCACCAGAUCGAUAAAUGGAUUGACCGAGUUCUCAUUCUAGGCCCAGUCUUCAUUCAAUAUUCGACCUAUUUUGUUUCCGGCGUGGGCGACUAUUUUGGUGGCUGCGAAGUUAAACUCGUGACCCAUUUCGUAGGUGUGGGCUGCCACUUGUGAUAAUGCGUCGCUUCGUCGCACAGCCAACUUAUGUUCGUGCAUGCGCGAUCCGAGCAUGCGCCCAGUCUGGCCUGUGUACAUACAAGGACAAUUUUGACACGGAAUGCGAUUCACUACUCCAGAUUUUCAUGACACUAUUGCGCAUGGUGGCUUUGGGGCGGUGUGCAAUUCCAACACCUAGCUCCGUUGCAAGGCGCUCGGUCGCUUCUAAAACGCCCUUGAUGUAUAGCAGAGAAUGCGAUAUCGUCAGUGGUGUUGACUUUCGAGUCCUCUGGUUGCGACUUAUGAAUGCCCUCGGAGAGCCAUUUUGUACACACUUUAAGUCUUGACGAUAACACAUUUGCCACAGAUAAUAAUAGCUACUUAAUCGAUUUAUAAGGAAUUCUGUUCGUUCCCAUAAACUGAUGAUCAGAGCUCAGGAAAUAAAAUAAACUGCCUCCGUUGAGGAGGGUUAGGGGCUUGUGCUAACUUUGAAACCGCCGUUUCUGUUGUCACUGUCGAUGAGCCAAAUGACCCAACAACCUACAUGGGUGAUGAUACCUACCACAGUUAGAAUCUGGACAGCAUGUGAUUAACGUGGGAGCUGAUAAUUGUGACGGGCAUGCGGGGCAUAGCAAGUCCACGACGACGGUCUCAACGUGAUUCACUCAGGAGCUGCCAAAUUUGGUAACUAUUUAGCAGCCUAGCAAUCCAAUAGAAUAACCUGACUUUGUUUCUGAUGAUGGAUUCAGAUGAGAAUCUGGGACGUCUGGCUAGUAACCCGGACCACCACCACUACCACACAUCAACACUCACUAACCACAAGCACCCAACUGUCACCUCCAAAGCAAAGCGGGAAAUGGGCGUCUCGACUCGAUCUCCGUGCGGAGGAGGAGUCUGAUGCACUAGUUCCAGCGGAUGCGGCUCCUUCUUCGAAGCCAGCCUGCUUAAUGAUUCAAAUUUAUUUUUCAGCCCAUCAUAUCUUUCAGCUUUGGACGUAUUUUUACUUGAUCCUGAUAGACACCCCACACAUGGACAACUUGGUGGAGAGGUCAGUUUAGACUGAAUGAUGCCAGCGCGUGCUGAACAAAUUCCAAUGAACGCUAGUUGACCCUUAUCAUGUGUACUGAUCAGUUCCACUAACUCAGAACGGCAGCGAGACGGAGAUGGCCCUAAAUAAUAAAUCGACACAACAUUCGUGGGAAAAUCUGUUCAUGCAUGUGCGCGAAUUAUCAGUAUUCAGGGGCAUGCAAUAAACUCCCCCCCCCAAUGGGUAAGAUUUAGGUUUUAUAUUAAAUAUGAGUCCAAAAAUGUUAUCUAUGCAACCUCAAGUUUACCAUUCAGCCAAUCAUAUUUUUCCAGACGAACUGCCAAUCCAGCAAGCCGAGGUGGAAGCCGCUGUGGAUCCCAAGGUCCAGAAACCGAAGUCGUCGCCGACGGAGGAACAGGUCGCGGCUGCAGAGGAGACCGGUGAGGUCGCCGCCAGGGCGACCAUCACCUCUGAACAGGCCGCAGAGGAGGUCGAACAGGCGCAGGAAUACGCAUGCCCAUGUAGUCCCCCCAUUUGA